AUGAAAAGAGAUGUGCCAUUGAGAGUGAUGGGAUCAGUGCACUCUUCCAAUUCAGAAAAUGAGUACGAUAGUUUAACUGAUGAGGAGUUUGUGCCUGGUGUGGUGGAUUUUUCUGCAACUUCAUCUGAGGCCGGAGAUCCUGAGGGCACCUCCGAAGUAGAGACAUCAGAUGGGGAGGCAUCGGACCAGAAGGAGACAUCAGAUGGGGACUUACCUGUGAAUGUUUCAUCUGGAAGUUCUACUCCAUUGCUUUUGGACACAUCACAAUCAACAAUUGUUCCAGACUCAACAACUGAUGUGUCAAUCGAAAAACCUGUGGUUAUUGACAUGCGAUCUGACAGUAUUAAUUCUGUCGAGGAGAAAGUUGACAAUAUUCCCGACUCACCAGAGCCAGCAGAGGAGGAUAUUAUCAGCAUUCCCGACUCAUCAGAGAGUCCUGAGCCAGCAGAGGAGGAUGUUAUCAGCAUUCCCGACUCACCAGAGAGUCCCGAGCCAGCAGAGAAGAGUAUUUUGAAUAUUCUCGAUUCACCAGAGAGCCCCGCACCAGCAGAGAAGGGUAUUUUGAAUAUUCCCGACUCAUCGGAGACUCCCGAACCAGCAGAGAAGGGGAUUUUGAAUAUUCCCGACUCACCGGAGAGUCCCGAACCAGCAGAGAAGGGUAUUUUAAAUAUUCCCGACUCACCGAAGAGUCCGGAGGAGGAUAUUCUGAUCAUUGAUGAGUCAUCAGAGAGUCCAAAGCCAGCUGAAGACAAUUUUACAGUGCCCGAGACAUCGGUGAGCAUCUCAGAAAAACAUCAACCUAUGGAUGUAGAUUCAUUGGAGGUGUUGGUAUCAGAUACCAGAAGUGAUGAGUCAGCAUCAUACAGUCCAGCACGACCAUCAGAUGACUCGAACGAUGAUGAUGAUGAUGAUGAGCAACUGCGUGUUUUCGUGCCAGAGGAAUGGAGGAGUCAAUUGUCUGAGAGAGUCAUGAAGAAAAAACUGAGAGCUGUUGUCAACAAACACUUCAAAAUUGGUGGUACUUUCCUCACGCUUGGAGGUGUACGAGCUAAAUUGAUCUUCUGUUCUCACGGCAAUGUAUUUUUCAAGCCAAUGAGAGCCCACAAACGACCUGAACGAUUGCCCGCAAACUUCGAAAUUCAUCCAAUUUUGUAAACCAGUAUUGGAUUUCGAGAGGAAUAAUUCCCCGUUUUGUCUGCUUACGCUUAUCUGACAGGAUGAUCAGAAACUAUGGAUUAUUAUUGCUUACGCUUCAAUGAAGA